AUGAGGAGUCUUUUGCUCCUAUUAGCGCUUAUUGCACUGUUUGGGCUAGUUAGUUCCCAGAAAGCAUUCCACUCUCGUCGUCUUGGAACUGAAGGUCAAAUCGUUGGACGGAUACUUUCCGAGUAUGAUCCAAGCAGCAGACCACCAGUCAGAGAUCACGCUGACAACUCUGCUAUUCUUGUUAUCACCAACAUCUUCAUCAAUCGUUUGAUCUGGCAGAACAACUAUGCUGAAGUGGAUCUCUACCUCCGGCAACAAUGGCAGGAUAGCCGUCUAAAGUAUGACGUGGACACUCGCGAGGGAAUCGAUGAGAUCCGAUUGCCUCAAAAUCGAAAAAUCUGGGAACCCGAUACCUACUUCACAUCUGGAAAGGAAUUGGCUGGAAAUGACAAAGGAUCCAAGCAUAUCGUUGUCGAGCCAAGCGGCUAUGUUAGAUCUUCGGAGAGAAAACUUUUGGAACUCCCAUACACCUAUGGUACCAUGUUCCCGUUCACCAACUCCAGACAGUUCACUAUCAAACUUGGAAGCUACCAAUACGAUAUUGAUGAUAUUGUGUACCUUUGGGCCAACUCUCCACCACUGGUCAACCCAAUCGAAGUGUCUCAAGAUCUUCUCAGAGGAGAUCUCACUUUUGAAGAAGCUAGUGCUGGAGACUGUGUAGGAAACUACACAGUUGGAGUGUAUUCCUGCAUCGAUGCUCAUGUCUAUUUCUCGGCUAGCACUCUCUCUGGACUUAUGUCUUGGUUCUUGCCUUCUCUUUUCUUGUUGAUCGGAUCGUGGCUUCACUUCUGGAUUCAUGGAAGUUGGUCAGUUCCAAGAACCAUCUCAUCUGCCGUUCCAUUCUUCAUUCUGGCAGCCUAUUAUAUCUUCAUGCGCGAAGACUCGUACACUCAAGCGCAAGGAGCAUGGCUCGGAUUCUGUCUCGUUCUCACUUUCUUCUCUUUCGUAGAAUACUUCCUUGUCAUCUGCUGUGGAGGUCGUCGUUCAAUUCGCUACAAGACCCUCAGUGGACAAGAAGAACAUCCAAUGGGAGCUGCUAAGGAGACAGUCGAAGUGGCUUAUGAUCAGGGAUGCUCCUCGUUCAGAAACAACAACGGAAUCGAUGUGAUCUCUCGUGUCGCUUUCCCAAUUGUCACUGUCAUCUUUUUGGUUAUCUAUUUCAUUUUUAUUGUUUGA